GGAUGAUGCGGCUGUUGAUUGUGAGCGGCUGGCGGCGCGGCCUAGUCAGGAGUUUGUGCCCAGUCAUCGUGGGAGAGACCGAGACCCGGACCCGGGACAGAGAGACCGCGACCCGGACCCGGACCCGGACCCGGACCCGGACCCGGGACAGAGAGACCGCGUCCCCCCGGGACAGAGAGCAGGCGAGAGCGGGGACGAUAAACCCGCCCGGAGACCCAGAGGCCGCAGUUUAAACCCGCCCCUCAGAGCCCAGCCUUUCCCCCGCUCCAGCCGCCGGGAUGAAGGACACGGCCGGGAAGCACAAGCCCAAGGAGCCGGCCCCGGACAAGGCCAAAGUGGCCGCUGGACCCCCGGCCCCCGAUGUGGAAAUGAAGGACGUGUCGGCCGAGCCCGAGUGCGAGCAGCCGGAGAGCGGGGAGAAGAGUCAGAAGGAGCUGGACCUGAUCACCCUGGAGGAUAUAAAAGAACACGUGAAGCAGAUUGAGAAAGCUGUAUCGAGUAAAGAGCCACGGUUUGUUCUGCGGGCUCUGCGAGCACUUCCUCCGACCUGUCGGAGAUUGAACCCCACUGUCCUCUACAAGGCCAUCAAUGGCUUCUUUGUGUCAAACACUUCGAUACGGGAUUUCCUGCUUGCUUUUCUCGAGGAGCCCAUGGAUACAGAGGGAGAAGUACAGUUUCGCCCUCGAACAGGGAAGGCAGCCACGGUACCUCUUUUACCUGAGGCAGAGGCCUAUCUACACCUUUUACUGGUCAUUUACUUGACAAACAACAAACGAUACACUGAGGCACAGAAAUGCUCAGAUGAUCUAAUGCAAAAGAUUGCUGCUCAGAAUCGCCGUGCUCUAGACUUGGUUGCAGCUAAGUGCUAUUAUUACCACGCUCGUGUUUAUGAAUUCCUACACAAACUUGAUGCAGUCAGAAGUUUCUUGCAUGCGCGUUUGAGGACAGCCACCCUUCGCCAUGACGCUGAUGGACAGGCCACUCUGCUGAACCUGUUAUUGAGAAACUACUUGCAAUAUAACCUGUACGAUCAGGCAGAGAAGCUUGUCUCCAAAUCCAUUUUCCCAGAACAGGCUAAUAACAACGAGUGGGCAAGAUAUCUGUAUUACACUGGUCGUAUUAAAGCAAUUCAGUUAGAAUACUCAGAAGCACGGAGAACCCUGACUAAUGCUCUGCGAAAAGCUCCACAGCACACUGCAGUCGGCUUCAAGCAAACAGUUCAUAAGUUGCUUAUUGUGGUGGAGUUACUAUUGGGUGAGAUCCCAGACAGGCUACAGUUCCGACAACCAUCGCUCAAGCGGUCCCUGAUGCCAUACUUCCUGCUCACUCAGGCUGUGCGAACUGGGAACUUGGCCAAGUUUAACCAGGUUUUAGAGCAGUUUGGCGAGAAGUUUCAGACUGACGGCACCUACACGCUGAUCAUCCGCCUGCGACACAAUGUCAUCAAAACAGGUGUAAGGAUGAUUAGUUUAUCUUACUCCCGCAUCUCUCUCACUGACAUAGCACAGAAACUGCAGCUGGACAGUCCUGAAGAUGCUGAGUUUAUAGUCGCCAAGGCCAUUCGUGAUGGAGUGAUUGAAGCCUCUAUUAACCAUGAGAGAGGAUACGUCCAGUCUAAAGAGACCAUCGACAUUUAUGGCACAAGAGAGCCUCAACUGGCAUUCCACCAGAGAAUCUCCUUCUGUUUGGAUAUCCACAACAUGUCUGUCAAAGCAAUGCGAUUCCCACCCAAGUCAUACAACAAAGAUCUGGAGUCAGCCGAGGAACGGCGUGAGCGGGAACAACAAGAUCUGGAGUUUGCGAAAGAAAUGGCAGAAGAUGAUGAUGAUGGAUUCCCAUGAACCUUUGUGGGAUAUUGAUUCUGAAAUAUUUGGUAUACUGUAACUGCAAACAGUAAAGAUAAAUAAAACCAGAAUCGUGACUUUAAAGUAUGGUGGAAACCCUUUAAUAGACUCAAGUCAGCCAGCAUGUUUGAGAAUGGGAGUGUUAUACCCUGUCCAGGUUUGACUCAUGUUUACCUGCUUUUAUUUCUUUUCAUUCGCUGUUAUCAUCCUCGGAAUAGUUACCUUUGUCCCUUUAAGCCUUGUAAACAAUAACUUACUGAUGAUAAAUAUAUGGUCAAUAAAA